CUCUACGUUGGCACAAGCUUGCUCGCGAUGACGGGCGACAGACAUGCCAUGACAACGAGAUUCGCUGCAAGAAGCCACCUCUCCAAGCAAAACGAUGCGCUAUCGGUGGUACAACCGUCGAAAGCAGUCCAGGGUGCAUUACGUGUCAAGAGCAUUGGUCCCGUAUCAUCGAAUAAUGUAAACUCCAAUCGACCGCGUAAGACAUUCCAGAAGAAGAGAGGACUCACGAUACCUCGAAGUCCCAACUUCUCCAAACCUCGUCUUUCCACCGUACGAAAGCUAUUUCAGCCUCCUGUGCCCAGUCCAAAACCGCUUCCUGCACCGUACAAGAAGCGAAUGCCCACGAAACCUGUCAGUCCAAAGCUAUCCAAACCACGGAAUUCGGUGGUAAAACCAGCCCUUCCAAUUCGAGAAAAGGUGCAGCCCAAGCGUUCCAAUUCAUAUACACCCAAGAAACGACCAUUGACGCAACCUUUGACUCCCAAUUUUGCCAAACGACCCGCGAGACGAACGUCAGUGCGCGUGAGUGCAACGACCAAGGAACUUCUCGAAAUCGAGGCCAAACGGCAAGAAGUCAUGCUAGAGCGUCGCAAGAAUCAGCAGUAUCACCAAGCCACCCAAGGGUUCAGGAACGUUGGUGGCGGAAAGACUCAGUUUCGCAUGACGCUGCGGUCGGCGGGUGUGAUUGGUGUACCAGCCAUUCGCCGCCCGAAGUUGACAGAGUUCAAAGAGUUCAAUUUUCUUGUCGACAAACGCGCACAGGAGAAGAAGGCAAAAGAAGAGCUCAAGCGAAAAGCACAGUUUUCUCCGCUCUCGACUUCUGGACGUCCCACACAACGCCGAAAGACGCAGUCUUAGUUUAAGAACUCUAGUUUCUUCUUCAAGUUUAUGUAUUUACCCGCAGGCGCGCGAUUGUAUCUGAAGCCCGCGUUGACCAAAUCCCUUCAUACCACCGACUCCCUCGGAUGUUGGCUCAACUAGUAUUACUAAUCAUGACUACAUACUACUCGUG